AUGAACGGACGCAUGAAGUUAGCAAAAACAUACAAACCAUAUACGGAACAUACAAAGUGCCACAUCAUUUCCGUCAUGAACGGAUGGUUGAAAUGUGAGAUGCACCCAACAUCGCGGCCUGCACGGCCGCUCUCUUGGAGCACACGUCAGCAAGUCCUGCAGAAUAUACAGACGUGGCAGCGGUCACUGAACCAUCUGCAGUCAUUCCAGCGGUUCCGUAUGGACUGGCCACAUGUCAACCGCCCCGCUUCUAUACUUUUAACGCCAAAAGAUAUCCAAGAGCUCAUAAGAUUGGAGAGUGCUUUGGUUCGAGCGCCUGCUAUGGCCACUCUGCCACCAGCGUGGCAUCGUCAACCAUCUGUCACUACGCCAUCACCUUAUCAGGAGUAUGGUGGGGGUCAGCUGGGGCCCAGCGAGUGGAGGGCGUGGGGCCCGUGGGCCGCGUGGGGCAACCUGGCCAGCGGCUGGGUGGUGGGCGCCAUGCUGCUGCUCGGCUCGCUACUGCUGGUGCGGUACAUCGACCGCUGCAUUGCUAGAAGAAAAUUCCUCAACUUAAGAAGAAGACAGUCAGAGGAAUGGCCGACGCCCACUGUUCUCGCGACUAGUCGUAAGUCUCACAAUACUAACGAUCAAUUCCCAAUUCUUGAUGCAGACAUCGAAUCACUUCCAAGGCUGAGCGAUUUCGACGCACCACCAUCUGAGACGAGUGGGAACUUGCUUAACUGUGACCUACCCCCACCAUAUUCGGAAUGCACCGAACCCCCGCUUCCACGCGCCGCAGGAAGUAAACAAACCAUAACGGAAGAACUUCCCCCGCCAUACUCUGCUUGUUACGUAGCCUUCUCCAACCCAAAAGAUGGAGUUCCUUCCGUCCAUAUCUACAACGAACAAGGACAGAGCCUCCCAAGUGACUCACACAGCAGUAGUUUUAAUGAACAUGCAGAAGUUUUAGAAGGAAGUGUUGAAAUAGUUAAUAAUAUACCAAAUAAUGGUUGUGAAAGAAAUUCAACAGAUAAUUCUGAAACAAAUGAAAAUUCAAAUAAUGUUGGUGACACUAAUGUUUUAAAUCGUGCUAUUGCUUCAACCAGCAACGCAAAUGAUAGAGUUGAAAGUAGUAGCCAUAUUAUAGAUAUUGAUAUUAUUAACACAUUGCCGGGAGAGGUGCUUAAAGUAGAAUAG